AAUUUUCGUGUGACUAAACUUUAAUUCCACUUGCGGGAUAAAUGAUCAAACAAGAAAAUAACGCACACUAAAACAAUAAUGUAAUACAUAUAUAAGUGCACACAGUUCAUUCACAAGUUUAACAACAAAUUCACAGGCUUGCAAAAACACCCAACCCAGUUUGACAUUCAGAUUCCAAUAAGAAACAAGUGGCAGCUGGAAGAAACUACAACACAAAAGAAAAGAAAAAUGUCUUCAUCAGCCAUAUUUGUGCUGGACGUCAAAGGCAAGGUGUUGAUAUCGCGCAAUUAUCGCGGCGACAACAUCGACAUGGCCGUGAUCGAUAAGUUUAUGCCGCUGUUGAUGGAACGCGAGGAGGAAGGACUUGUUACGCCCAUUCUGCAGACAUCGGAAACGACAUUCGCCUACAUCAAGACAAACAAUUUGUACAUUGUGUCGACGACGCCGCGCAACAAGAACGUCAACAUUGCGCUGGUCUUUGUGUUUUUGCAUAAAAUCGCACAGGUGUUUGUCGAAUACUUCAAAGAGCUGGAGGAGGAAUCAAUACGCGACAAUUUCGUUAUCAUCUACGAACUGCUCGAUGAACUCAUCGACUUUGGAUAUCCCCAGACGACAGACUCGAAAAUCCUCCAGGAAUACAUCACACAGGAGGGUCACAAACUUGAGCUACAACCGCGCAUUCCUGUGGCGGUGACAAAUGCCGUUUCCUGGCGUUCAGAGGGCAUCAAGUAUCGUAAGAACGAGGUAUUCCUGGAUGUUAUUGAAUCCGUCAAUCUGCUGGCCAAUGCCAAUGGCAAUGUGCUGCGCAGCGAAAUUGUGGGAGCCAUCAAGAUGCGCGUCUAUUUGUCGGGCAUGCCCGAGUUGCGUUUGGGGCUGAAUGAUAAGGUGCUCUUCGAGAGCACGGGACGCGGCAAAUCAAAGUCUGUGGAGUUAGAGGAUGUUAAGUUCCAUCAGUGUGUGCGUCUGUCGCGGUUCGAGAACGAUCGUACCAUCUCCUUCAUACCGCCCGAUGGUGAAUUUGAAUUGAUGUCGUAUCGCCUCAACACGCAUGUUAAACCUUUGAUCUGGAUUGAAUCGGUGAUCGAGCGACAUGCGCAUUCGCGUGUCGAGUACAUGAUCAAGGCGAAAUCUCAAUUCAAACGCCGUUCAACUGCGAACAACGUGGAAAUUGUUAUCCCAGUGCCGGCUGAUGCCGAUUCACCUAAAUUCAAGACAACCAUUGGCAGUUGCAAAUAUGCGCCGGAACAGAACGCGAUCAUCUGGACGAUCAAAUCGUUUCCGGGUGGCAAAGAGUAUCUGAUGCGUGCUCACUUUGGGCUGCCAAGCGUGGAGAGCGAGGACAAUACGGAGGGCAAGCCACCGAUACAGGUGCGCUUCGAGAUACCAUAUUUUACAACAUCGGGUAUUCAGGUGCGUUACCUAAAGAUCAUCGAGAAGAGCGGCUAUCAGGCGUUGCCUUGGGUGCGCUAUAUCACACAGAAUGGCGACUAUCAGUUGCGCACCAAUUGAGUCGCUGGACGCAUUUGAGACACAUUCCAGCCAAGCUUACGCUUCAAAGAGUCCUUGUUUCGUUUCCAUCCCUCAAGCGAGUAAGAGGAGUAUGUUAGAUAGCUUCUUCACCUUCACAGUGCGCGUGCCCUGAACUAUUAUGUGCGUUAAGUCAAAAAGUAUAUUAUUAAACGGUUCGUGUUGGCUUCCUGCUGAUUUGUAAAUUGCAUUCGAUGAAUUCAACUAUUUGAUUUCCUUGUGGAAAAUAGAUGCUUAAUGUGACACCAAAUAUUUUUU